AUGUCGCAACCAAUUCAUUUUGUGCAUGAGACGAAGCCAGGGUCUUCAUUGGAUUCGAGCCAAGUACGUGCUCUCCGAUCACACGUCCGGAAAGUCAAUCUGGAGAGAUCAAACCAGAAAAGCACUCGGCGGCUAGAGAAUUUUCGUUCCUUGACCAUUACAGAUUUCUCAGAGGGAGGCAAAGUGAAAAGCGGCAAGCGAAAACAACCCCCGAGCGCGGAUGCCUGUAGCAGUCUUGAACCGGAAAUUGAAAACCUUCCAUCACGAGAAGGUGGCUCGCAACAGUGCCCCCUGAAUCCCGGCGGUGCUGAUACUCCCUCAACCGCCUUUCAAUUCCUGUCGUCAUCGGCAGGCGAUGGUCCUCCGAGACGAUGCACUUGUGCGAAGACUGGCUCGAAGCCAAGCAAUCCCCAAUUGCCGAGCUCGGGUCAGCUCCCAGUUGUUGGUGCUUCGGCCUCCACCGACGAAUGCCAUCCAUACGCGGCGCAUAUUUCAAAAGCCAUUGAUCUCGAUCCAACACGGAUUGACUACCUUCUCAGGAGCUGUGCCUUUCAAGUGGCGGCCGAACCACUACUUGUCUCAGGGCCUGUCGAGGGGGACUUGACGGCGCUUUCCCUAUUUCCAGAGUGCUUGACUAACUCGGCAUUUCUUUACGCCCUUCUCUAUUCUAUUCUUCACAUCCAUAACUCCUGUAACACAACAAACGAGUCGCUUCUACUCAAGACGAAAGCCAUCGAAUGCCUGAGAGAAGACUUGCAGAAGGACGAUCCCAAUAUUCGAGCACUGUCAAUUGGGACAAUACUACUUCUUUCCUGUGUCGCGCAUCAUUGCGGUGACCUCGCUGAAUCUUCAGCACACUCAGAGGGUCUUUAUAAGCUUCUCGAGCAUUGCCAUGCAGAUGGCACGCAACUACGGUCUGAUGUACUGCACGCAGUUUUCUGGCAACACCUUCUAGGUACCGCGCUCGUGUGCACUCAACAUCAAUUCCAGCAACCAGAUUUCCGAGGCCUUCUUCUCGGCCAAAGCGAAGAAUUUCCUACUGCUUCACUGCCUACCCUACCACUUGGAUUUGUUCUACACGAAGAUGUCAUCAGCAGCGAUGUCUUACUAUGUAUUCGCUACGUCCUUUACCUCCAAGAGCUCGUCGGGAUAGGUGCUACCAACCGGGAGAAGAUUGAAGACCUACAAGCAUCUAUCCAGUCUCGACUUGUCUUCCACGAAGAUAGUUGCAAGAAAAUGGGCCAGAUAGCAGAAUGCUGCCGGUGGGCUGUAUAUAUUGUUUGUUACAUGACAAGCACGCCAACAUGGACUAGCGCCUUUGUGCCGCUCAGGCUGGCAGAGAAGCUCCUGGCACACCUCGCCAAGAGCUUGGGCACAGAUCUGUGGCGCUAUCGACGCGACUUGUUUUUGUGGUUGUUGCUCGUCGGCAUGUCGGUGGGCAAUGGUCGGAACUGUUUCGCCGUGGAGCUUGCCUCUCGGUACCAAGAUUUCACCGACAAAGUAAUUGAGGACGUGCAAAAGUGGGAUGAACUGCGGGAUGGAGCCAAGGCCCUCAACAACGUGGUGAAGCGGUUCAUCUACGCUCAAGACUGGGUUGCCAAAAGACAUCUGCUCCCCCGUUGGACGGAUCUGGAGAUGAGUGUGUUUCUGUGUGGUUCGGAUGAUGUUGACAUUGAGAUGGGAAACGAAGAGACCAAUGCUCUUCUACAAGAGCUGGUGCCGGAUACUAACCUUUUUGAGUGA